AUGCAAGCUGCAUUAGAUAAGGUGGACAAACCUGCUAAACGAGGGAAGAAAGCUGUUGUUAAGCAAGAAGCAACCGAAGAGCCCUCUUCCAAACCCACUAAGUCAAAGAAAAGGAAAACUGACAAGGGUGAUUCCUCUACUCCAAAGAAAGUCAAGAAAAUGGCUCGCAGAAAACUCACUCCUUCACCUUCACAUUCAGAACUGAAGGAUGAGCAGUCUGCAGGUGACGAUGACGAAGAGCAACAUGAAGGUUCACCUUGGGGUAAUAUACCUCCUCAUCCUCCAACUCCGGUGGAUAUUGUUGAUAAUUAUGUUCCAACACCCCCUCUAUCUCCACCCAAGACAACAGUUCAGGUUACUAUUGCUCCUCCAUCCCCAUCUUCAUCACCACAUGUUUCUACUAUUGCUUCACCACCGCCUGUCAGUUCUACUCCCGUCACCACUGCCCCAUUACCACCUCCUAUUUUCUCCAACGCAACCUUCACCACUACACUUAUCAUCACUUCUACCAUAGAUUCUUCUGUCAACAUCAACACAUCUGAUGUGGGGGCGAAGACUGAAGAACCUCCUAAAGUCACAACCGAGCCCUUUCCACAACUCCUUCUAGUGAUUCUAAUCUAG